ACAUAAUGCUUUGGAAAUUUUGAUUUUAGAAAAUAAAUCUUUAAGUGCCAUAUAAAAGUAACAUUAUGUGGAAAUAUAAACACAUAAUAAAUGGUACUAAUUAUGUAUAAUUAUGGUCCAGGAAACACUGAGUGAGCAGGUAUCUGAUAAUCUCAAUGAUCUACAUUUAUUUUUUACCUGACCAGUACCUCUGAAAUAUAUUUAGGCCAAAAUUCCUUAAGUGCUUUGUAAUCCAUUGAAACAAUUUCACAUUCGAUCCAUUUAUAAAUCCUGAGCAAGCUCAUUCUUUUCAGUCCUCUUUUUUUUGCCUUUAACUUUUCAUGCAAAAACAAUGAGACUAGCACAACAUGCUGGCUCUGUCCAGCAUGUGUUGUGUAAUACCACCAACGGAUGAAUACAUAUAGAUUUAGCCCAGCUCUGAAUUAGCAAAAUGACCUAAAAUGGUGUGUUUUAGACCCAGCAGUCUAAAAACUGCAUAUGUUGCCAUGGUUACUGACCCUGGUAAGUGAAGCAGCUUCAAGAUUGCUUUUAUUGAAAUUCCCAAACUGAUUCAGACUGACUCACUAAACCUGCUACAUCCCCCUCAAUAAGAGUCGGAUGUUUUUAGUAUGUCCUCAUAUUAUUAUUUUAGCCCUGAAAGAGCGAGUACUUGCUACCUUUACCCUUUUCCAUACCUAAAAGCAGAUAUUGAAAAGCAUACGUUGGCCCUUUUUGCAAAAAAAUCUGCAACAGCUGAAAUUAUCCUUGGUAAUCUAUUUAGGCAAUUACUGCCAAAUAAACCAAUUUUCACCUAAAUGAAGUGCUUAUAAAUCCCAACCAUCCAAGUAUGGAAUAACACAAAUUCAGCACUGUUGGUCAUUCGAAUGAAGCCCAAAAUUAUACCAGUUCUGUUUGUCCAGUGUAUGCCCAUUAAUGAAAGUGGAAAUGCACCAUAGAUUUAGUCAGAUUAAUAAAAUAUUGAUUACAAAAGCAAGCAAGACCACUAAAUGACUAAAUGAGGAGGAACUGUUGACAAUAUGUGUUUAUUUUUGAACUGGUCUGGAGAGAUUCCACAUGAUGUCACUGUGGUGAAUAUUCUGCAGUCCAUGAAUGUCUAAACAGAUAUUUGCAAACUCUCUUUUGACAUCGCAUAAUAGAGAAGUACUUGCUUGAAUUGAUCAUGAGUUACUAAUUAUGUUGCUCAACAGCACAGAGUGCGAAGAUGUUUUGCUUCCCUUUUAAACAACGGAAGAAAAAAUGUCAAACGGAUGUAUGUCGAGAUCAUAAAAUCCCUUCUCUGCAGAAAAGCUUGCAGACAAAUGCACGAUUUCCUAAAACCUCCUGGUGGCUCUGUGUUCCUUAUAAGAAGAAAAAAAAGACCCAUUUCAAACAAGAUGUUGUCCAGUUUUCAAUUUCUUCAGCCUCAGUGAGAGAAAAGAGCUUCAGCACAAACUCACAGGAUGCAGAAGUUAGUUCUGGGGUCUGGAUUUCUCCUUCUUCUGACAGUCCUAUAUCUACUUAUAAUGAGGACGACACUCCAGAUUCAGUCCAAUCAGUCUUCGCCAAAAAAAAAACAAAAUCCACUAAGGAACUGGAAAGUAGUGAAGAUGAGGAUCUGGGUGGUUCUCCUGCAAAUUACACAGAAAGAGACAUCCACACUGCAAUACCAAAACACCAAGACAAAAUCAGGGAAGUACCAAAACGUGACUUUAGGAGAAAGACGCAUCCUUCUAGGGUAUCAAGAGAAACUGAGAAUGACACAAAGAGAGUCUCUUCAAUUGAGAGCGUAGAAGUGAAAUGGCCUGGGCCUUCCCCUGCAUCCGUCACAGAUGUCUCGGUUACUGAGGUUAAUGAAAUUCAGCCACAAGUCUCACCUGAGUUCAACACUUUUAUCCCUGACUCCAAGAGCUACAACAACCUGAAUCUAUAUUUAGGGAUCAGAGAAACUGUACCAAAUGAGGAUUUAGACUGCCUUGGGUUACCCAACUUGGGACUGACUUGCUACAUUAACUCUAUCCUGCAAAGCCUUCUCACCCUGACAUGCUUCGUUCAAGAACUGCACAACCAGCUACCUGUGUGGAGUUCUGACCCCCAAGCCGAGCUCUUCAGAGCAAUUCUGGAUACUGAAGUCUCCUGCUUCUCCAACAUGAAAGAGGAGAAAAAAGCGGUUCUGUCCUUCUUUAAAAAGACCGUCGCUGGGUUUAAUUCAAAUUUUGAUGAUGACGGACAGAAAGAUGCCUCCGAGUUCCUCAUCUGUGUUCUGGACAUAAUGAGGUCCCUGUCACAAGAAAUGCAUCUGAGAGCGGCAAACUUGGGCUUGACCUACAAAUGCCCUGUCGCUGAACACAUUGCACUGCAGAUGAUGAGCACCAGAACCUGCAUGGGAUGCGGUGAUCAGACUCACACAGUGGAAGACUUUGUCAGCCUCAGUCUGGAUCUUGUCCCACGAGGAUCAGUGAACCAGUGUCUACAGGAGUACCUCAGGGAGGACCAUAUAGAACACAUAUGCCAUUGUGGAGCGAAGGACUCAUCAGUGCAGAGCUCAUUCCUCACUCUUCCAAACGUGCUGAUCCUGCACCUGAAGCGCUUUAAAUUCACCAGGUCAAAUGCAGUGAAGAAGAUAAGAAAGCCCAUCAUUCUGUCGAGAGAACUUAUGGUGAGAGAAGAAUUCACAGCCACAAAACAUACAGCGACUUAUUAUUUUUUGGUGAGCAUCGUCAGCCACAUAGGGUCCAAAGCUGACAGCGGCCAUUACAUCUGCGACGGCAUUCACAGGAGGCAGAAUAUGGACAUUAUAGACGACUCUUGGCUGAUGUACGAUGACGAGCAUGUCAGCCAGACAACAGGAGAAGAGGUCUGCUGGUGGCGGGAGCGAACCGCUUUCCUGCUCUUCUAUGAAAAGCUACCCUUGAAGAGAUAAAAGGCCUAUGACCAGGGCUGCAAUGGACCUGGCAGCAACUCCUGUAUUCUUUGAAUACUAUUAAACUGCAUCUUAAGUACC